GCCAUGGGCAGCGGUACGAGUCUGCGUAACCGUUCGUUCCUGCUUUCCGCGCUGUAGUCCUUCGUUCGCUCGUUGAAGCCAUAUCAACAUGCGCUCUGCCCUUCUUCUCGCUGCUGCCGCCGCCGCGCCCCUCGCGAGCGGCAUCCGCAUCGUCCAGUCCAACGACGACGGCUGGGCCGAGAUCAACGCGCGCACCCUCUUCAACAGCCUCGCCGCUGCAGGAAACCAAGUCGUGCUUUCCGGCCCAGCAGAGAACCAGUCCGGCACGGGCUCCUCCGACGCAACCCCCACAACCGUCGACGCAGACGGCUGCGAGUACUCGUCGUGCCCGGCAAAUGCCCCCGCCACCGGCGCAAACACCACCGACCCGCGCCUCAACUACGUAAACUCGUACCCAGUGACGAGCAUCAAGCGCGGCAUCUCUGUGACGGGCCCUGCGCUCUGGGCCGGCGCAGCACCCCAGCUCGCCGUGACAGGUCCCAACGUCGGCUCCAACGUCGACGUGCAGGCCUUCUUCUCCGGCACCAUCGGCGCCGCCGUCUACGCCGCGCACACGGCGGGCAUCCCCGCGCUCGCCUUCAGCGGCAAGUCGGGCGAUCCGACGGCCUGGAACGUCUCCCCCGUCCCCAUCCACAGCAGGGUCUACGCCGACCUCGCGCUCAAUCUGACGACGACCAUUGUCAACGCCGGCGCGCCGUACCUCCCCGCGGAUGUGUUCCUCAAUGUCAACUUCGGCGAGGUGACCGAGUCCACGUGCAACUCGGCGAGCCAGUUCAAGUUCAUUGCGACGCGGGUCACGACGGGGCUGCUGAGCGCGCGGGACGCCGAGGUGUGUGGCAGCACGCGGCUGCCGUGGGAGGUCGAUGUGAGUCAGUUACGCAGCGGGUGCUUUGUCAGUGUCAGUGUAGGGGAUGCGGCGGAUAAGACGACGGCGGAUGCGGCGAGGCAGAAGGUCGUGUUUGAUAAGCUGAAGCCGAUUUUGAGCUGUUUGUAGAAAGGCAUCAGGGGGUUUACCUUUAUUGUGUAUAUUUUGGUGGGGGGUUGACGCGGCGAAUAGGACGUAUAUGGUA